AUGAUUGAUAUCGCGAAAGAGAAGAGUGGUGUUGUGAAGACAAAGGAAGGGUUGAGAAUUGAAGAGCAGAAGACGGAGAGAAAGAAGAGGGGGAAUGGAGGGGCACCCACGAUGGGAACAACGGGAAAGUGCAACGGUGAAUGGGACCAAGACUUUUUCACGAUACCCAGGCCAAUUGCAGCAAGUGGGGGAACAGAGACACACGCAGUGACUAACUGA